AUGACUUGUCUCUAUUCACCUUCUUCUUCGGUGUAUAUUAGAAUGUCCCCACAAAAGUCUCUGUCUCCACUUCAAGACAAAACUUCCUCCACCAAUAAUCAAUAUCUACUUCUCUCUCCUCUGCUCAGCUCAGCCUCACCAGCUCUUCUUACACUACUAAAGAGUCACUGCUCUCUAUAUAAAGCUAACAAUUACAAGUCCAGAAAGACUCAGAAUCAGAAGAGAGUACAUGAGUUUCCUAUUCUGCUUCUUAUCAUUUAUUGUACCACACAUCAUUACACAACAAACAAAAGCUCUCUCAAAUGGAGAGGUUUCAAGGGCACAUCAACCCCUGUAUAUUUUCUGGGUCAAAAUGCUGAUGGGAGAAGCUUAGAAGCUCAAAGCUUUGCCUUCAAAGAAGAAGAGGAGGAAGAAAGCAUGCAAGAUACAGUUCCAUUUCUACAGAUGUUGCAGAGUGAAGAAGACCCUUUACCGUUAACAUCAUUCAAAGAACUGUUGUCUCUUCAGAACCUCCAUAACCAUUGGGGACUCGAAAGCUAUCUUUCACACAAUGAAACCAACCGCUUCUAUCACAACCCAGUUUCAGCAUUAUCCAUGGAAGUAACCAACAAUCCUUUCUCAAGCCAAGAACUCCCUUUGAGCCGAGAGGACAUGACGGUUCCUUCUUCCUCGUCAACACCAAACUCAAGACGCAAGCGCAAAACCAUCAGCAACCCUCCUCCUGAAGUGACUAGAGGAAAGAGAAAGAGGAGGAAAACUAAACCAAGUAAAGACAUUGAAGAGAUAGAGAAUCAAAGAAUCAACCACAUUGCUGUUGAACGUAAUCGGAGGCGACAGAUGAACGAACAUAUCAACUCGCUACGUUCUCUUCUCCCACCUUCUUACAUCCAACGAGUCGACCAAGCAUCUAUAGUAGGAGGAGCUAUAAACUACGUGAAGGUCCUCGAGCAAGUCAUACAAUCACUCGAGUUGCAAAAGAGAGCGCAACAGAGUAGUAGAGUUGAAAACAGAGUUACUUGCGUGCCAAGAAUCGAAGCUACAUUGAUACAGAACUACGUUAACCUUAAAGUUGAGUGUCGGAAGAAACAAGGGCAGCUUCUGAAAGGAAUCGUUUCACUUGAAAAGCUUAGACUCACUGUUCUUCAUCUCAAUAUCUCGUCAUUGUCUCUUUCAUCAAUCUCUUAUUGCUUCAACCUCAAGAUGGAGGACGAUUGUAAACUAGAAUCGGCCGAGGAGAUAACGAAGGUGGCGCAGCAGAUUUUCGAUACAUAAAUUCGAUUUUUAAAAAGAAUAAGAAAAACAAAAUAAAUUUUGUUUUGCUUGUAUUAAUUACUGGACUAUUCGAACAUGUUUUGUUUGGCUUUGGGUGUUUUGUGGGGUUCUGGUCCCAUCUAAUUAAAGUUUGACCUCAUGUGUAUUUAUGAUAUUUAUUAUCAAUGAUGGUUUGACUUUUAUCUCUAUUUAAAGGGUUGACUUCUGCUUAUUGACAAAUAAUAAAUUGUUUUGUUUGUAA